AUGGUGGUCUGCGUUCGCUCGAGGACCACCCACGUAAAGGAGAACGCCGAGGAGCUCGAGGUGAGGCUGUACGCUGCGGGGGCACUCCUCGACGACGACAGCUUCCCCCUCGCCGACCUGACCGUCAAGACCAUCGAGGUCAACGUCGCCUUCGAGGGAGGGAAGGUCCACGGGUCCCUGUCGCGCGCCGGGAAGGUCAAGGGCCAGACGCCCGCGGUGGAGAAGAAGGAGAAGGGGAAGACCGGCCGUGCCAACCCAACACCUACGACGCGAAGGUCGUCGUUCGCCGCCCCCGUUCCCUCACGAUGGCUUCCUCGGCAGGACAGCGGCCGUGCUCCCCCGGCAGCGCCCCCCGCGCGCUCUGAUCGCCCGGGGCGCGGACUCGAGGCGUCGGCGGCGCAGGACCUCGCGGCGGAGCGUCAGCGGUGCCGGGCGCGGUGGUCGAACGCGCGGGGCGUCGCCCAGGUAGGGGCCCUUCUGGCGGGGUGCUCGGACGACCCGCCGGCGGACCUGGCGCGGGCGUGGACGGAGGGCGGGGCUGGGGUGGUGGGUGAGGGCGUGGGCGACGGCGUGAAGCCCCGGACGCCCCCGGAAGCCGGCGGCGUGUGGACGGUGGACGGAUGGACGCGCGCUGACCCCGAGCGGGCCUCGCGACCCCCGGCCAGGCGCGCCUACGCCUCCAGCGACAGCAGCGGCUCCAGCGGGAGCUUCUCGGACAGCAGCAAGAGCAGCUCCUCGGUGAGCAGCAGCGAGGGCGAGAGCCUCGGGUGCGGGCGCGGGUGGGCGUGGUCGGAGGGCGCGAGCGAGGGCGGCUGCUGCGCCUGCAUGUGCCCGACGCCGCGCGGGUCGGCGGCCAAGCGCGGCGCGGACGGCAUGGUGGUGCCCGGCAGCGCCACUCUGGCGGCGUCGCGGCAGGCGCGCUUCUGGAACGCCUUCGCGCUCAAGGAAGACAACGCGCGCUUCCUGCUGCUGGCGCUGGUGCUGGUGCUGUACAUGGUGUUCGGCGCGCUGGUGUUCCAGCAGCUGGAGGAGGAGAACGAGGCGCGCGAGCGGGCGCGAUUCCACCGCGACUUCGACGCGACGCUGGCCAAGCUCGAGGACGAGGUGCGCGCCGGCAACGUGAGCCUCGCGCGCGUCGAGGACCUGCUCUACGUGUGGGGCAACAUGACGAGCGAGGGCCACACCAAGGGCGGCCGCCGGCGCUGGGACUUCGCCGGCAGCUUCCACUUCGCCUACACCGUCGUCUCCACCAUCGGUUACGGAGCAGCAUCGCCGAGAACAACGGAAGGCAAAAUGUUCUCCAUCUUUUACGGUCUCAUUGGGUGUUCUUCAGGGAUUCUGUUCUUCAAUCUGUUCUUGGAGAGGAUCAUAACGUUGCUGGCGUUCAUUAUGAGAGCACGCCACGAGAGGAAGCAGCGACAGCGUGCGGCGGCGGCGGCUGCGGCUGCGGCGGCGGCGGGGUCAGACGGCACGACAGAGAACAGCCAGGUUGGAAGACGCGGUUCGCAAGACUCGAUGGAGGACUCGAGCCUGGACGCGUGGAAGCCCUCCGUGUACUGGGUCAUGUUUUACCUCACCAUCGCCAGCGUCAUCGUCGCGUUCCUGGGGGCCGUGAUGUUCAUGGAGGUCGAGGAAUGGAAUUACUCGGAUUCUCUCUAUUUCUGCUUCAUCUCUUUCGCUACCAUCGGCUUCGGAGAUUUUGUGUCGGCGCAGCAACCGAACGACUUCUACGGCCCUGGGUUGCACGCCUAUCGCUUCUUCAACUUUGCAAUCCUGGUUGUGGGUUGCUGUUGCAUAUACUCCCUCUUCAAUGUUAUCUCAAUUACCAUCAAACAAUUCCUUAAUUGCAUCAUUAAGCGUUCCGUCACCUGCUGCUCGCGAGGCAACUGCACAAACGCACAGAGAAGAAAUACGGUGUCGCCUUCUCGCCUGCACAAACAUUCCAUAAAGAGAGUGGAAGGUGACAUUGACUCAGUCUAUGGUUCUGAAACGGAGAGGAAGCUGUCGGGAGAAAUGGUGUCCAUGAGAGAAUAUAUUUCGACGAAUAAGGCCGUCCUACCAGGGAUUAAAGAACAGGUGUCGCUCGCCGUCAUGCAGAAGCAGCUGUACGAGACCGCCCAGCUGGGUCGUGGCCACGCCUCCUCGCCCCACCCACGCCCCGCCCACGACGAGAGGUUCACCCCAGGUCAGGUCGGCCCAUUGGCCAUCGCCUCCUCCAAGCUGUGUGAUAGUAUGUCUUAGCCGAAGGAAGGAGGAGGAAAAGGAGUAUGAAGGAAGGAAGAGGAAGGGAGGAGGAAGAAAAGGGGAUGUGAAGGAAGGAAGAGGAAGGGAAGAGGAGGAAAAGGAGUGUGAAGGAAGG